AUGAGAGAUAACAUAGAUCAAGUGUUCAGCAACAUUUUUGAAAAAGCCGAAAAACUAUUAAAAUCAAUAGAUGCACAAGAGCAUAUUCAAAUUCCGAGAAUAGUUGCACAUCAGAAAAAUCGUUCUAACAUUAUGGUAGCGAGCCCAGAGGAAUAUUUUCGAAUUACAGUUGCAAUUCCUUUUUUGGACGAUUUCAUACAUCAGUUGACUGAACGAUUUGCGAAGCACAAAAAAUCAUUGUCCUCUCUACAUUGCUUAUUACCAAAUGUAUGUGUUGUACACAAAGUGGACCUAGAGGACCUUUCCCUAUACAAACAAUUUUUGGACUAUGACACUUUAGCGGCAGAACUAGAUUUGUGGCGGCAGAAAUGGAAGCAGCUAAUUGCAGUCGACCGACCUAAAAACGCCAUCGAAACGAUAUCGGAGUGUAACCAGUGUAUAUAUCCAAAUAUAUACAUUUUAUUGAAGAUCCUAGCAACUCUACCAGUGUCAACAGCUACACCAGAAAGGUCCUUUUCAACCCUAAGACGAUUGAAGGACUUCCUACGUAACUCUACAGGUCAGGAGCGAUUGACAGGACUUGCUCUAUUAAGCGUACAUAGAGAAAUAAAUGUUGAUAUAGAAGAGGUAGUCAAUCGUUUUUCCAGGGAAAAGACUAGAAACGUGCAGUUUAUCCUUUAA